GCGGGCGCCGCCCAGUCCAGCGCCGCGCUCGUUCCGGCCCCGCUGUCCGCCCGCCGACGGCACCGCCAUGCCCAAGUGUCCCAAGUGCGACAAGGAGGUGUACUUCGCUGAGCGAGUUACCUCGCUGGGCAAAGACUGGCAUCGGCCCUGCCUUAAGUGUGAGAAGUGUGGAAAGACGCUGACCUCGGGGGGCCAUGCCGAGCACGAAGGCAAGCCCUACUGCAACCACCCCUGCUACUCUGCCAUGUUUGGGCCCAAAGGCUUUGGCCGAGGUGGAGCUGAGAGUCACACUUUCAAGUAGACCCAGGUUGUGGAGAUCCUAUCCUCAGCCAUCCACUGGGCCACUGCCGGUCCGGGGCAGAAGCCAGGCUGGGCAUCCAGGCUCCUAGUAGCCCCCCAUGCUCUCAAUAAAACCAGAGUGCUUUCACAGCC